AUGCCAUCACGUCGCAGCCAUACAAAAUCCCGGAAGGGGUGUACUAAUUGCAAGAAGCGACACGUGAAGUGUGAUGAGGCCGUGCCCAGUUGUGGCCUGUGCAAGAAACGGCAGCUGGAGUGCACCUAUCCACCGCCAACCGGGGAAGCCGACAGCCAACAUGCAUCUACCCCACGGGACGCCAUUGAGUCAACUGCUCCAGAAUGGCCCCAAUCGACCAGAAUGCUCGAGAUGAGGCUGAUGCAUCACUAUCUCACCAGGACCUAUCGGACUCUGCCUCAGGGCAAAAUUGACGCGAAUCAUUUCCAGACCGUGAUCCCGGAGAUGGCUACCUCCCAUCCGUUUCUGCUGGACAGUCUACUUGCGUUGUCUGCGCUACAUCUGGCCUCUGUGCAGCCAGACGAUAGCCGUCCAUGCUUGGAAGCUGCGCUCAAGUAUCAAAAUCAAGCGUGUGCCGUGUUCACUCGCGUCCUAGCAGAGAUUUCGUCUGAGAAUUGCGGGCCUGCGUUUCUCUGCUCGGUCUUCAUUUUACUAUGUGCUACUGCGUAUCCAUGCGUUGCUGGUGACAGUCACCCCUUUGAUCCGCUAGCGCAGGUCCUGGAGACACGCCGCCUUCUUGUUGGAUGCGCCUUUCUGUACCACCAUCUGAACCAGCAUCCGGGCGAAUUGAAGGGUUGGCUCCGCUACCCUAACGAUGAAACGCUGGAGAAAACCAUCACAUCCCAAGAUGACCUGCUGGACUCUCUUCGACGAGUAGAAAUUACGAUGAACGAGGUUACUGGGCCUCGGCGUGCAGCUUACCAGGAUACCUGGGAUUUUCUGCACGACGCUAUUAGCCUUUGGCCACUUGGUGGACCACGGGGAGGGAUCAUUUCGUGGCCCAUCCACAUCAGUGCAGCUUAUAUUGCCCUACUCCAGGAUGGGGACUGGUUAGCCCGGAUUUUGUUCCUGCAUUACGGCGUUGGCAUGCAUUUGCUUUCCGACAAAUGGUACGUCAGCGACUGGGGGCGCCGUCUGGUUGCUGCAGUACUACAGCCUUUGGGGGAAAUUCCACCGAUCUGGGCCGAUACCAUCGCAUGGACUAGACAGGCUGUCGACCUUGCAUGCUAG